AAGGUAGUUCCGCUGAGGCGUGGUAGGAAGUGGUGACCGUCAAUCACGAGGGGAGACUCCAAACAGUGAGCCUUGAGCUGGAGAGCAGCGUUUACCGGCGGGGCGGCCGGUUUUGUGAAUGAAACAAUGGCUACCGAUUCCCCCAGAAGACCCAGUCGCUGUACUGGUGGUGUUGUGGUUCGCCCCCAGGCUGUCACGGAGCAGUCUUACAUGGAAAGCGUUGUGACUUUUCUGCAGGAUGUUGUGCCUCAGGCUUACAGUGGAACACCUCUAACAGAAGAAAAGGAGAAGAUAGUCUGGGUCAGAUUUGAAAAUGCAGAUUUAAAUGAUACAUCAAGAAAUCUGGAAUUUCAUGAAAUACACAGCACAGGGAAUGAGCCGCCCUUGCUGAUUAUGAUUGGCUACAGUGAUGGAAUGCAGGUCUGGAGCAUCCCUAUCAGUGGGGAAGCACAGGAACUCUUUUCUGUUCGACAUGGCCCAAUUCGAGCCGCUAGAAUCUUGCCUGCUCCACAGUUUGGUGCUCAAAAGUGUGACAACUUUGCUGAAAAAAGGCCCCUCCUUGGUGUUUGUAAGAGCACUGGAUCUUCUGGGACAAGUCCACCGUACUGUUGUGUGGAUCUCUAUUCACUUCGUACUGGGGAGAUGGUCAAGUCCAUUCAGUUUAAAACACCUAUCUAUGAUCUCCAUUGCAAUAAAAGGAUCCUUGUCGUAGUUUUGCAGGAGAAAAUCGCUGCCUUUGAUAGCUGUACUUUCACGAAAAAAUUUUUUGUCACAAGCUGCUACCCUUGUCCCGGGCCCAACAUGAAUCCUAUUGCUCUUGGCAGCCGCUGGCUUGCUUAUGCAGAAAACAAGUUGAUUCGGUGUCAUCAGUCCCGUGGUGGAGCCUGUGGAGACAACAUUCAGUCUUAUACUGCCACAGUCAUUAGUGCUGCUAAAACAUUGAAAACUGGCCUGACAAUGGUUGGGAAAGUGGUGACUCAGCUGACAGGCACACUCCCUUCAGGUGGGACAGAAGACGAUGUUGCCAUUCAUAGUAACUCAAGACGGAGUCCCCUGGUCCCAGGAAUCAUCACUGUAAUCGACACUGAAACCGUUGGAGAGGGCCAGGUGCUUCUGAGCGAGGAUUCUGACAGUGAUGGUAUCGUGGCCCACUUCCCUGCUCAUGAAAAACCGGUGUGCUGUAUGGCCUUUAAUACAAGUGGAAUGCUUCUAGUCACAACAGAUACCCUGGGCCAUGAUUUUCAUGUCUUCCAAAUUUUGACUCAUCCUUGGUCCUCAUCACAAAGUGCUGUCCAUCAUCUGUAUACUCUUCACAGGGGAGAAACAGAAGCCAAAGUACAGGACAUAUGCUUCAGCCAUGACUGUCGCUGGGUCGUGGUCAGUACACUCCGGGGGACUUCCCACGUUUUCCCAAUCAACCCUUAUGGUGGCCAGCCUUGUGUUCGAACACACAUGUCACCACGAGUCGUGAAUCGGAUGAGCCGUUUCCAGAAGAGUGCUGGGCUGGAAGAGAUCGAACAAGAACUAACGUCUAAGCAAGGAGGUCGCUGUAGCCCUGUCCCAGGUCUAUCGAGUAGUCCUUCUGGGUCACCUCUGCAUGCUUCAAUCAACACCUUGUUCCUGCGCCUGAAUUGCUUUCCGCUUAUUUCUUCAGGGAAACUCAACAGCCAAGACUCCUACAAUAAUUUUGCCAACAACAACCCUGGCAACCCUCGGCUCUCCCCUCUCCCCAGUUUGAUGGUAUUGAUGCCUCUUGCACAGAUCAAGCAGCCAAUGACACUGGGGACCAUCACCAAAAGAACAGGGCCUUAUCUGUUUGGAGCGGGGUGUUUUUCCAUAAAAGCUCCAUGCAAAGUUAAACCACCUCCACAAAUUUCACCCAGCAAAUCAAUGGGCGGAGAAUUUUGCGUGGCUGCAAUGUUUGGGACAUCCCGAUCGUGGUUUGCAAAUAAUGCAGGCCUGAAAAGGGAAAAAGACCAGUCCAAACAAGUUGUCGUUGAAUCCCUCUACAUCAUUAGCUGCUAUGGGACCUUAGUGGAGCACGUGUUGGAGCCACGGCCGCUCAGCACUGCCCCCAAGAUCAGCGAUGACACCCCACUGGAAAUGGUGACGUCUCCUCGAGCCAGCUGGACUCUGGUUAGAACUCCUCAAUGGAAUGAAUUGCAGCCACCAUUUAACGCAAACCACCCUCUGCUCCUCGCUGCAGAUGCAGUGCAGUAUUAUCAGUUCCUGCUUGCUGGCCUGGUUCCCCCUGGAAGCCCUGGGCCCAUUACUCGGCAUGGGUCCUAUGACAGUUUAGCAUCUGACCACAGUGGACAGGAGGAUGAAGAAUGGCUGUCUCAGGUAGAAAUUGUAACGCACACCGGACCCCACAGACGUCUAUGGAUGGGUCCACAGUUCCAGUUCAAAACCAUCCAUCCCUCAGGCCAAACCACAGUCAUAUCAUCCAGUUCAUCUGUGCUGCAGUCUCAUGGUCCAAGUGAUGCUCCACAACCCCUUUCAGAUUUUGAUACGGAUGAUCUUGAUCUCAACAGUCUCAGGAUCCAGCCGGUCCGCUCUGACCCAGUCAGCAUGCCAGGGUCAUCCCGUCCAGUCUCUGACCGAAGGGGAAUUUCCACCGUGAUUGAUGCUGCCUCAGGUACCUUUGACCGGAGCGUGACCCUGCUGGAGGUGUGUGGGAGCUGGCCCGAGGGCUUUGGGCUGCGACACAUGUCCUCCAUGGAGCACACGGAAGAGGGCCUGCGGGAGCGGCUGGCCGAUGCCAUGGCCGAGUCACCGAGCCGGGACGUUGUGGGAUCCGGGACAGGUACAGACACAGCCCUUGACGUAGCAGUAAAAGCCACCACCCCUGAGAGACACAUGGCUGUGAAGUGUGUUGGGAAAAAAAAAGGAAAAAAAAAACAAUGCCAACAGCCCAGCGUCCGUGAGCAACCCAACAGUAACAAAGCGUGUGUUCGGGAUGGAGGAAGAACUACAGCGAGAGGGAAGCAUCGAGACCCUGAGUAACAGCUCUGGCUCCACCAGCGGCAGCAUCCCGAGAAACUUUGAUGGCUACCGAUCUCCAUUGCCCACCAAUGAGAGUCAGCCCCUCAGCCUCUUCCCUACCGGCUUCCCGUAGGUACCAGCAACCUGCUUCUGACUGGCCGGCCCACUCACCUGCUGGCGGGAAGGGGAGAAGCCCCCUCUGGUCCUACCCUUCAGUCUCCGCUCCUCGUUUACCGCCCACCUUCCCCAAGCCUAGUGACAACAGCAGCCCACCCUCCCUGGAUUGAGAAGAGACCUUUCUCUGAAGCACCUCGGCGCAAUCUGACCUCUGCCCCCCUCCGCAUCAGCAGGGCUGUGGCCGAGAGAGACUCCACAGAAGCUCCGUCCCCUCCUCCAUUGGCACACCAUAUCCUGCAUUGGAUCCGCUUUUGUAUUUUCUAACCAAACCCUUGGGGGGCCUGGGUGGGGAGAGGGUGGAUGGCCUGGCGGGCACUUUGGUCCUGAGUGGACAGUCCCAGCCCACUCCUGGCUUUGACACACGCCGCCCAGCUUCCCUUGGCCAACCUCCCCUCUGGCACGGGGUGAACUGAGGCCCAGAGUGUUAUGGAAGGAAGAAGGAAGGAGAAGCCCCCUUCCUCUUUUCUUUCCCCUUUGGAUCAUGGAAAGGAUUUGUCUUUCUUGUCUGUAAGCCCUUUUACCCUGGCCCUGUACUGUUCAGUGGAGGAAACCGUGGUUACCAAGGCCCUGUCAAAAAGUGCACGUCUUGUCCAAUAAAUCACGCUGCAAUUGGU